CAAUUCCCACCACUGGACCAACAUCUCUUGUUGCCUCUCAAAAUAUGUCCCAUCAAAACACUCUUUGUUUAUUUCUUUCAACUCCCUGACCACAAAAAAUUUCAUGGCAAUUUCACCAGUUACCAACUUCAAUCCCAUUUAUCUUCUUCCUAAGCUAUCAAGAUUAUGUUUCGCUUGAACUUUAUGCAAUCUCCUCAACCAAAGUUUCGAACUUUACUCAAUAUCUCAUCUGGGUUUUUGUUUGCUAAGUUUCUUUAACGUAUAUGUAUCUACAAGCUAUCAAGGUUAUGUUUUUCUUGAAUAUUAUGCAAUCCUUUUAUUAAAGUUUUGAACUUCAGUCCAUAAUCCAUCUGGGUUUUUUUAGUUUGCUUAAGUUUCUUGAACGUAUGUAUCUAUACUAUAUAUCUUUAUGUGUCAAGAUUUGGACACGUAUAAAUGAUAUCUCAAAUACCGUCAUCAAGGUGCGAGUUUUCGAAGUUUUUAUGGGUGUCAUCACCAGCAAUUUGCCCAUGUAAGAAAAGAGUAAAAUCUAGUUUUUGUAGCUUUAUUAGUAGGAAUAGGUUUUAUGGUAGAAGAAAGUUUUCACUGAUAUUGGUUUGUGUGGUUCCUAAUGAUGGAAAGAAACAUAGUUUGAAUCCAAAGUUUGUGAAUUCGACGAAAAGGGGUGCUAAAGAUUUUGUUAAUAGAAGGAUUUCGAGUGAAUUGGUUGAAAAUGAUGGUGAUUCAUUAUCUGAAAGCUCGAUUCCGUUGGGGACUUCGAAUAACUUUACUAACUUUAGAGAAGACCCUAUAGUAGAUAAGCUUAGGACACAACUUGGAGUUAUACACCCUAUGCCUUCACCACCUAUAAAUCGAAAUAUUGUUGGAUUGUUUGUGUUCUUUUUCUUUGUUGGGGUUGUGUUUGAUAAGGUUUGGACAUCAAGAAAAAGGAACAAGUCAAGAGAUGAAGGGGUUCCAGGGAUGUGGCCACAGGUUCCCACUAGCUUCUCGUUGUUUCUUGAGAAGGAUUUGCAGAGGAAAGAGUCGGUGGAAUGGGUGAACAUGGUGUUGGGGAAGUUAUGGAAGGUUUAUAGAGGUGGGCUUGAGAAUUGGGUAAUUGGGUUGCUUCAGCCUGUUAUUGAUAACUUAGAGAAACCCGAUUACGUGGAAAGAGUUGAAAUUAAGCAGUUCUCAUUGGGAAAUGAGCCUUUAUCAGUCAGGAAUGUUGAACGCAGAACUUCUCGUCGUGUUAAUGAUUUACAGUACCAAAUAGGACUUCGUUACACUGGUGGUGCUCGUAUGCUUUUAAUGCUAUCUCUAAAAUUUGGCAUCAUUCCCAUUAAGGUGCCUGUGGGUAUUAGAGAUUUUGAUAUUGAUGGAGAACUUUGGGUUAAACUGCGGUUAAUUCCAUCAGAACCGUGGGUGGGAGCUGUUUCAUGGGCUUUUGUCUCACUUCCAAAAAUUAAAUUUGAGUUAUCACCAUUUCGCUUGUUUAAUCUUAUGGCCAUCCCUGUACUCUCGAUGUUUUUGACCAAACUUUUAACAGAGGAUUUGCCACUGUUAUUCGUUCGGCCCAAGAAGAUUGUAUUAGACUUUCAAAAAGGAAAAGCAGUUGGCCCUGUCCGAAAUGAUUUCAAGACAGGAGAAAUGCAAGAAGGAAAUAAAGAUUUUGUUGGUGAACUAUCAGUCACUCUUGUUGAUGCUCGCAAGCUCUCAUAUGCCUUUUUUGGAAAAUCAGAUCCGUAUGUCGUAUUAAGGCUGGGAGAUCAAGUAAUACGUAGCAAAAAGAACAGUCAAACAACUGUUAUAGGGGCUCCCGGUGAGCCAAUAUGGAAUCAGGAUUUCUACAUGCUAGUUACGAACCCUAGAAAACAAAAAUUGUCCAUUCAAGUGAAGGACUUUCUUGGAUUUGCGGAUACAACUGUUGGCACAGGAGAGGUUGAUCUCGGAUCUUUGAAAGACACGGUACCGACUGACAAAAUUGUGGCCCUCCGAGGAGGCUGGGGACUAUUUAGGAAGGGGUAUGCUGGAGAGAUCCUACUUCGACUUACAUAUAAAGCAUACGUUGAAGAUGAAGAGGACGAAAAGAUUGAAACUGUAACUUCUGAUUUUGAUGUAUCAGAUGAUGAAUUUGAGUUAGAACAGGCUGCUGUUACGUAUGGGCAGCGAGUAAAUGAUAUUUCAAAUGGAACCAGCAAAGAAGCUUUUAUGGAUGUUUUAGCGGCAUUACUUGUCAGUGAAGAAUUUCAGGGUAUUGUGGCUUCGGAAACUGCCAAUGCUAAAUAUUCCACGGAUAUAAAGAAGUCAGAAUCAAAAGACACAUCUUCUAGCGGCGUUUCGGCACUCGACCUUUCGAGUUCUGAGAGUGGAUCUAGAGGACAAGUCUUAAUUUGGCUUGCUGUGAUCACAACUAUUUCAAUCCUUAUUGCACUUAAUGUUGGUGGCUCCAGUAUAUUUAAUCCCUGAUGCAAUGCAUGAAGUUUUGGUUUAUAGGCAGCUUCAUUAGAUUUUCAACAGAUGUGAGAUAUCAUAGUUUAACUGCCUCAUCAAGAAGAGAAUGUUCGUUUGGCGGCUUAAAUUGAAUCAUUUCUUGAGAGCAUAAAGUGAUUAUUUUGUCGUAUAUAAUUGUGACAUUUUGUGUCACUAUUUUUGUAUGCAUAUCAUAUUUGGUGUAGAGCUUUUGCCAAAGUGAAAGUAUAUGUUAGAAUCAACUUUCUUCAUUUCUUGUAUAUUUGUAAGCACGUGUUAUUUUUUAUGGAUACAAAAAGAUCAAAAGAAAUAUCACAAGUGUGAAAAGCAUAUGAAGUUCGAUAUUCAA